AAGAGCAUAUUUUUACUGGUGGGGAUGAAAUUGAGCAAGAAUAUGGAAAAGAUUUGCAUGAUUUAGUUUGGUUGUAUAAAAUGAUAUUGCCUCCGAAAUAUCCAAAUAUUGCAUUUCUUGGACUUGUAUUAGGAGCUGGUUCUAUCUGGCCAGUUAG